AUGACUUCAUCUUGCCAGCAAGAAAGCUCAGCUCAUCGUUACGAUUCAAUGCCAACCUAUUUUGGUUAUUAUCCGAUGACCAGCAUCGAAUGCAAACUCAUCAAGUCGAUUCUCAGCAAUAUUACUGGGAUGAGAUUGCUCGCUACAAAGUUCGCCAACUCAUCGGUUUCAAUCACUCAACCCACUUCGCUUCUACUCAUGAUUUUGUGCCUCACGUGUGAUUUGUCAACUACAGUUUGA